AUGCACACUACAGAAGACUCUGGCGUUGCGCUUACCUCUGGCGCCAACUGGGGCCCCUCCUGCCGACUCCCUUUCGCUCCCGCUGCCCUCCUCACGGCCCCGGACGACUCGCCCCGGCCUGCUCAAUUCUUUUCAACGCGCUCGAACGAAGACACUAGGCGGCAACGCGGACGAUACACUCGCCAUUGUAGCUGGUGGAGCUCUGGGCGCAACUUCUGCCACCGCGCGCCAUCGCGACGGUGGAUCGGCGGGAAAAUGGACACGCGCAAGGCGCCACACUCUGUCGUCCUUCGUGUGGCCUUGCGCAACGAUCUGCUGGUUGGAUCUGGGCUGGCGCCAGGCGCGACGCUGGCCAAAUCUUGGCCAUUUCGGCGGAUGUCUCGACGCGUUUCGGCGGGCUAUGUAGGGCCGCGCUCGCUGUCGACAUUGGUCUGCACAAGAUCGCGCAGGCAGAGUGCACGUCCUGCUCAAUUCUUUUCAACGCGCUCGAACGAAGACACUAGGCGGCAACGCGGACGAUACACUCGCCACUGUAGCUGGUGGAGAGUUCUGGGCGCACCUUCUGCCACCGCGCGCCAUCGCGACGGUGGAUCGACGGGAAAAUGGACAGGCACCACGCGCCACACUCUGUCGUCCUUCGUGUGGCUUGCGCAACGAUCUGCCGGUUGGAUCUGGGCUGGCGCCAGGCGCGACGCUGGCCAAAUCUUGGCAGUUUCGGCCACGAUUGGUCCCGAGGUGCGCCUGGGACACAUCCCAGAUGUCUCGACGCGUUUCGGCGGUCUGCAUCGGCCGCGCUCGCUGUCGACAGUGGUCUGCACAAGAUCGCGCAGGCAGAGCGAACGCGGCCGUCCAGCCGCUGAAGUUUUCAAGACAAGCGGGCCAACGGCUGGCCCUGCGCUCGCCGAUCUCUGGACCUUCAGGAUGAGACGGGGCAAUAUGCCCCUCUAUCCCCAGCGAGUUUCACGCGGGACGACUGCGGGCUUGGGUCAGCGCUGCCCGGCCAGGACUUUCCGCGGCCAGCGACGUUCCGCUGCCCUCGAACGAAAAAGGAUUCUGGUCCUCCAGGGGCGGCGUACACGUCAAGAGAGACUCGCGAGACACAUCCUAGAUGCUCUCGAUCCGUCUCCGCGGGCUAUGUACUCCGCGUUCGCUGUGGACCGCGUUGUGCACACGAUCGACAGCGUUGGCUUGCUUCUUCAACUUCUCAAAGUUUGGAAGCGAACAGGCCAGCGGCUGGCCCUCCGCUCGCCGAUCUCCGUUGCGCGAAACUCGAGCCUGGCGAGCCGAGUCCUCGCUCGUUCGGCCUGGCGCUUUCAGGCCACUGUCUGGGUCUGCGCGGUCCUCCCGCUGUCUUCCGAGGCCAGGGGCGUUCCGGCCCGCAUCGCGGCCGUUCGGCGUGGAAACUUGCGCCCGGACAGCGAGCAUACGCCCGCCCAUCUCCUGGGAAUCGCAAGCGGAACGACGCCCUCGUCUUGCCGCAGCGCCGAACCAGCUCUCGCACAAGUCAAGCCCGACGUGCCCUGCGCGUUCUGCUUGCAAACAGCCGCCAUUAGUUUUUUCAGAUAUUACCUCACUGCUCAGUCAAUUUGCAGCCCGCAAAUGCAACGAGGUGGCCACAGCGCUGUCGUCAAAGCCAAUCCCCGAAGUACUUCCUUUACCGCGGCCCUUGACGAAGCUGGCACGGUGGCGAUACUGCCGGGCUGGCUCGUAGUCGGCACCGCCGUGUAUAAGUCUUCUGGCUCAUCACAAACAGCAUACUGA